ACUAUAUAUAUAAAGAUCGCCGGGAGUUUCCUAAAAUUCACAUUCAGUGACUUAUACUGAACAAUGGUUAACAUGAGCUAUCAGCAAUCUCAACUAAAAUACAUACAUACUCCAAACCCUAGACAAUCGAAAAAGCGAAAUAAUAAAAAGAAAAGGACAUUUUGGGACGAGAUAUCACCGACAACACACAGGCAGACUUGAUUAACGGGAUAUUUUUUAAAAAAGGUCCAGUGUGUACCUGUGUGGAAGCAUAUCUGUACGUUGCGACUGUUUGGUGAGAUGACUGCGGAGUGGCUGCACUUGCCCCCACCGUAUCCCCCAGGUGUGGGGCCGCUGUGUGGCGCGGAGCUGGAGGCGUGGUACGAAGACCUGCAGGAUAUCCUGGGCUCUGAUACAGGUGGGGCCAAACAUGCCCGCGCCCCACCCGGUCCUGAGAAGGAGCCGGAGUUCCUGGAUGUCCUCGAAAGCUGCUCCCUCACCUGGCUGACAGAUGGCCAGGUGUGGGGCGAAGGGGUCCAACAGGUUGUGGAGGAGGAACCACAGCAGCUGCCCAGCCACAGAUCCUCCUCGUCCUCUUCAUCUUCCUCCUCCUCCUCCUCCUCGGGGUUGAGUCCUCCUGCGGCAGAUGGCGGUGGGGAGGCGGGGGGAGACCUGUUGCCCCCGGAGUUCUUUGAGCUGCUGAGCGAGGGAGGGGUGGGAUUGGUGGAAGCAGGGGGUGCCGAGGUGAGCCACUGCUACCACCCCAGCCAGCAGCCCCCUUCCCCCGCGGUCAGCGAGGACGAGCCGCCCUCCGGCCACGAGGACGACUCCUGCUCCUCCACCACCACUUCAGCCUCUCAAUCCCCCGCGUUAGUAAACAGCUCUCCUCCUUCUUCCCCCUCCUCCCCACCCGCCGCAGUUCUGCCGCGGCUGGGGAAGCGCAAGAGGGGUGCGGAGAGGGGCUGCGCAGCCUCCCCGGGCCCCCCAGCCCCUAGGUCCUCCUCGUCCGCCAAGAAGAGCCGGCGGGAGCGGGAGCAGGAGAACGAGCGGAAGGUGCAGGAGCUGACGGAGCAGAACGAACGCCUGAAGGCGGAGAUCGAGAGGCUGGCGGAGGAGGUGCAAAGAACCAGACGGGCUCUUAUUGAGAGGCUAGUCAACACCUGCAAGUGAUGUGGAAUUAGGGGGAGCCAUGCUGAAGGAAGAGGGGGUGGGGCUUUUUUUUUUUCUUUCUUUCUUUAAGAUGGGGGGGGGGGAUGCAGGCCAGGCAUAAUGGCAGGGAUAGGACUGAUGAAUGAGAAAAGAUGGACGAAUAGACAGAUACAGAAGGUCAAGAAUGGAAUUUUAUGUGCUGUUGUCUCCACCCAUCUUUAGAGACGAAUGGGGAGAUGGCCAAGCAGAGCGACUUUUUCGUCCGUUGCCGAAUUGGGCGAGAAAACCAUUGAGAAACGGAAGGUGAAAAUUUAAAGGCGGACAGGAUAGGUGAAGGGCCAGUAUUGGGAAAAGCGAUCUGGGUUGAAAGCAAUUGGAGUGGCGGUGACCGGAGAGCGUUGUAUUCGAAGUUUGGUACGGAAGUGUCCUCCGAAAGGUCUGUUCGGUGGGGAUGUAUACGGUGUUACUUCCCGGGAAAGUGUCGUGGCUAAAGGAUGGCAGGGUUGAAAGCGGAUCGAAUGUAACUUUGAAGAAAGAAACACAAAAGGAGUGUGUAUGGUGUGUGCAGCCGUAGUGCGAGUGUGUAUUCACCGAAAACCUUAUAUCACUUGUAAUCUUAAAGGGCUUCUACUUCAGACCUCCUUGUUUCGAUGUCGGUCGAGGUCUACGACGGGCACGAUCGAAUGGUUAAACUGUUUUCCAGCCGUUUGCUGUGUGGUUGAUUGGAUUUAAAAAAAUAAAAAAUAUUCUGGCAUUGUGACCACUUUGCCUGAUGUGUGCUUUUGGGUUUGGGUCGGGCUGAGGUGGGGGAAAAUACUGACGGGGUUUCAGUACCAGUAUAGUUUGGUACAAAUUGCCUCCGUUAUUUUGUUUAGGGUUAACUGGACACUAACCGUUUUUUUUUGCCACUGAUGGCUCUGUACUUAUUUUUAUAGUAUCCUGUUAUAUAUCAUGAAUCCACUCAAUUCAGUAUUUUCAUUAUUAAAAUUGUAUAUCUAACAAAUGAGCUGCAUGCAAAUUACUAAAUGAAAAUGCUACUCUUUGGAAGCAUAUUCAUUUCAAGUUCUGACUUGUACUGUACCUGUGCAUUUAAUAUUAAAAUUUCAUUUUAUUUCAAA